CCCACUACACAUGACCGAGUGGAGAAGCACUCACUAUAAGACACAGCUCGUACGGCUAUCAGUUCCUGCCGUCCUGCUAAUAAGCUCCAGCGUGGAUGCAGAAAGCACCGGCCAUGGACGCCCUGCACAACUUUGGGGUGACCUCGACACAUUACCUGCAGACCCACUAUAAGGACGCCCAGAGCUGGUUCCUCUUCGUGUCAUUUGCUGCGGACCUCAGGAACACCUUCUUUGUCUUCUUCCCCAUCUGGUUCCACCUGCGGGAGUCUGUGGGCAUCAAGCUCAUUUGGGUGGCUGUGAUCGGGGACUGGCUCAACCUCGUUUUCAAGUGGGUCCUCUUUGGUGAAAGGCCAUAUUGGUGGGUCCAUGAAACACCCUAUUACAACAAUAGCUCAAUUCCACACAUUGAACAGUUCCCAAUGACCUGUGAGACUGGCCCUGGAAGUCCCUCAGGUCAUGCCAUGGGGGCUGCUGGGGUGUACUACAUUAUGGUCACUUCUCUCCUUGCCAUAUCUUUGAAGAAAUAUGAAAAUUCCACAAAAAAACGCAGGUCCCUCUCUGUCUCCGUCAGAUGUGUGAGGGGCACACUGUGGGCGUUCUUUUGGGGAGUCCAGGUCUGCGUCUGUCUGUCCAGGGUGUUCAUUGCUGCCCACUUCCCCCACCAGGUCAUUGCUGGGGUUAUCACAGGCAUGAUUGUGGCUGAGGCCUUCUCCAGAGUGCAGUGGAUCUACAGCGCCAGUCUGAAGAAGUACGUCUACAUCACCCUGUUUCUGCUCAGCUUUGCUGUGGGUUUCUACGUGCUGCUGAAGUUGCUGGGUGUGGAUCUGCUCUGGACCCUGGAGAAAGCAAAGAAGUGGUGUGUCCGUUCUGAGUGGGUCCACAUGGAUACCACACCCUUCGCCAGCCUGUUGCGCAACAUGGGCACUUUGUUCGGCCUGGGCCUAGGCCUGCACUCUCCCCUCUACACCGAGAGCAAAAAGGGCACCAGCGCCACCUUCAGGGGUGGCUGUAUCAUCGCCUCCCUGGUGCUGCUGCACCUGUUUGACUCCUUCAAGCCCCCCACCCACACUGCGGCCCUGUUCUACCUGCUGUCUUUCUGCAAGAGUGCCACCGUGCCCCUGGCUACUGUUAGCAUCAUUCCCUACUGUGUAGCAGGGGCUCUGAGCACCAACAGCAAGAAGCAGCUCUGAGCUGAGGACACACAAGGAUUCCCAUGCAACGGGCAAAGUAUAUUUUUUGACAGAACAAAACCAUAUUUUUUCUUAAAACCUGUAUCAGUAUCUUUUUCAUUGGACUUUCUGAAUGGCAUGAGGGAUAGGUUAUAUGCUGUAAAUGGAUUAAGCUUUUCUUAUGUUUCCAUAUCCAAUGGCUUCCUCUCGACUAAAUUAAGGACAAAUGUAUUAUUACCUGCUGAGCAGGGUACUUUUUUUUUUUAAAGAUACUA